AUGCCUUCAGCUCCUUCAAAACUCUACACAGACGAUGUGAGCCUUCUCGUUGUGACGCUAGACACCAAUCCUUUCUUCUGGACCACUUUUCCCUUCCCCUUCGCCGAGUUCCUCUCCCAAGUUCUCGCCUUUCUCAACUCGAUCCUGCUCCUUGGCCAGCUCAAUCAGGUAAUCGUCAUCGCCACCGGAUGCAACUCUUGCGCCUACGUCUACGAUUCCACUUCCGAACGGAAUCAUGGUUCCACCACCGGUACAAUGCCCGCGCUUUAUUCCAAUCUACUCCACAAUCUCGACGAGUUUGUUUCUAAGGACCAGCAAUUAGACGUGCCUCACAAAUCUGGGACCGUUCCUUCUUCGCUCUUAUCCGGCUCCUUGUCCAUGGCGCUUUGUUAUAUACAGAGAGCUUUUCGUUUAGGACCUAUGCCUCCGCAGCCUCGGAUUUUAUGUUUGCAAGGGGCUGCUGAUGGACCAGAACAGUAUGUGGCAAUUAUGAAUGCAAUAUUCUCUGCACAGCGUUCUGAGGUUCCUAUAGAUUCUUGUUAUAUUGGUUCAAACAAUUCUGCGUUCCUCCAGCAGGCUUCAUACAUAACUGGUGGAAUAUAUUACAAGCCUCCCCAAUUGGACGGCCUUUAUCAAUAUCUUUCAACAGUGUUUGCAACUGAUUUGCAUUCUCGUGCAUUUUUAAGGCUUCCUAAAUCUGUGGGUGUGGAUUUCCGUGCCUCGUGCUUCUGCCAUAAGCAAACAAUUGACAUGGGCUUUGUAUGCUCUGUAUGUUUAUCCAUAUUCUGUGAGCAUCAUGAUAAGUGUUCAACCUGUGGGUCUGUAUUUGGCAAGGGUCAACUAGAUGCGUUAGCAGCCAACAGGAAAAGAAAGGCUGAUACAUUAUAG